UUAGUUUCUUCAGUCUAAAAACUGUAUCAAAACCACAACUUGCAAUUUUGCAAUAUUAGAUAAAAACAGAUCAGAUGUUAAUUUACUCAACAGCCUGACAAACACACAAAAAAGAUUUUUUUUCGAAAAGGGAUGUGCACCUCAUUUCCUUCUUUUUGUUUUUGAUAUCAUUUUUGAAGAGUUACAAUUCCUUUUUUUUGAGCAAGGUUCACAAAAGUGUGAGGAGGGGCCACAGUCACAUAUCUACUCCUGCUAGCUUGCUAGUCUAGAUCGUAUGUGGAAAAUUCUGUGAUGUCAGACUUUCACGUCAUAAAUCUUUGGCACAAAGUGAGAUGUGCUCAGUUCGACCAUCUGACAGUGUAGCAAGAGGAGACAUGCCUUCCACAGACCUCAGACUGAAGAUGAUAAUACUGCUUUGGAUUACAGUGAUGCUUUUUAAUAAAAUUGCAGAUUCUGCACAGACAAAGGGCAUCAGUCAGCCAAACUCAGUGAUCUCUGCUGGUGUUGGUGAUAACGUGACUCUGCACUGCUUUCGACUGGGAGAGGAAAAUACUGAACCCAUCGUUUGGUACAAACAAAAAGUAGGACAUGAGCCUUGGGUAAUGGUCACAGUUCAACAAGAACCCAAAUAUGAAAAUGAAUUCAAGCCACCAAAAUUCAACAUUGAGAAAGAAAAAGAAAAAGGGAGCUUCCAUUUGAAAAUUGCCAACGUCGAACCAUCGGAUGAAGCCACGUAUUACUGUGGACUUAGAGAUUUUCUAACAAGGUUUGGAAAUGGAACAUUUUUAGCAGUUACCGGUGAUGGAGAUGUAAAAGUGUCAGUGUUGCAGAGCAGCGUGUUGGACUCGGUUCCUGCAGGAGCAUCAGUGACUCUGCAGUGCUCGGUUCUCUCUGAGAGCAGAGCAGCAGAUCUCCAAGUGCUCUGGUUCAGAGCUGCUCCAUCACAAUCCCAUCCUCAAAUCAUUUACACUCAUCACAACAGCAGCCAUCAGUGUGAGAGCGGCUCUUCUACACACACCUGUGUGUACAACUUCUCCAAGAACAUCCUCAGCCUCAAUGAUACUGGCACUUACUACUGCGCUGUGACCGUGUGUGGGAAGAUCAUUUUUGGGAACGGGACACAAGUACAGUUGGAGAGAUCUGUGGAUUCUGUAGUGAUCUGCCUCGCUGUAGCUUUGGGACUCUGUGUGGUUGUGAUCUUUGCUUUGAUCUUUGUCCUAAGUAAAAGGAGAAACUCUGAACAAUGCAAGGUGAGACUCAAACAAGGUUCUGUGAGAGACAAGACCCUCAAUCAGGACUGUGACAAUGUGGAGCUGAAUUACGCCGCCUUACAUUUCAAUGAGAGGAGAGCCAAAAGAGGAAAAGUAAAGAAACAACAACCUCAAGAUAUUAUAUAUUCUGAUGUGCGAGGUCCUUCUGUAACUUAGAUUUGAUCUCUAAUAUGAUUCAGUGUCAUUAGUUCUGUUAUCAGGUUUACUGUAUAUAUGUUUUGUUAAUGAUUGUUCAGACUGAAUUCAAACUGAAAGCUGAAUGACGUAGAAGUCUCAAAAUCACUGAAACAUUGGAGCACUGGUUCUGCCAAGGAGUGAAGUGAGAAAGCAGUUUAACACAUUGUUAAGGGUGUGGAAAAAAUAAAAAAGCAUAAAACUG